AGCAAUAUUAUUUGUGUGAAGAUAAAAAAGGUGAAUGGCCUUUCCUCCUCCUAAGUAAGUUACCUGGUUUAUGACUGUCUGUGUUGAUGAAUGAAUAAUCCAAUCCCUCCCUAACAUUUGCGUCUUGCAACUCGGAAUCCGAUCGCAUCUCAUACAGCUACCGUCCGUAUUACCGUUAAUUAUUCACUAAUCAGAUCACAAUUUUGAUCACGGAUCCAAAAAAAUGUUCAAAUUCUUGAAAGAGGUUGUUGGUGGAUCUGGAACUGGCAUCAAGGAUCUCCCAUACAAUAUCGGCGAACCUUACCCUUCCGCUUGGGGCUCUUGGCUUCAUCACCGCGGCACCUCCAAGGAUGAUGGUUCUCCGGUUUCAAUUUUUUCUCUAUCUGGAAGCAAUGCUCAGGAUGGACAUUUAGCUGCUGGUCGAAACGGUGUCAAGCGUCUACGCACUGUUAGGCAUCCAAAUAUUUUGUCAUUUCUUCAUAGUACUGAGAUCGAAACUUUUGAUGGCGGUUCUUCUAAGGUCACGAUUUAUAUUGUGACAGAACCUGUAAUGCCACUGUCAGAUAAGAUUAAAGAGUUAGGUCUUGAAGGUACACAAAGGGAUGAAUAUUAUGCUUGGGGCCUGCAUCAGAUCGCGAAAGCUGUGAGCUUCUUAAAUAAUGAUUGUAAACUUGUUCAUGGUAAUGUCUGCUUGGCUAGUGUUGUCGUCACACAAACUUUGGACUGGAAACUCCAUGCAUUUGAUGUUCUAUCAGAGUUUGAUGGGAGUAGUGAAGCAUCCUCCGGGCAAAUGCUGCAAUACGCAUGGCUUGUUGCAGCACAGUACAAAUCAAUGGAGCUGGCAAAAUCUGACUGGGCUGUAAUUAAGAAGUCUCCUCCAUGGGCCAUUGAUUCUUGGGGCAUGGGCUGUCUAAUCUAUGAGCUAUUCUCUUGUUUGAAGUUGAGCAAAACAGAGGAGUUACGGAACACUGCCUCCAUUCCCAAGUCUCUGCUUCCAGAUUACCAGCGGCUAUUGAGUUCCACACCUUCUCGUAGAUUAAAUACAUCAAAGCUUAUAGAAAACAGUGAGUAUUUUCAAAAUAAGUUGGUAGACACAAUACAUUUCAUGGAAAUUCUCAGUUUGAAAGAUAGUGUUGAGAAGGACACCUUCUUCCGCAAGCUUCCAAAUUUAGCAGAGCAGCUUCCUCGUCAGAUUGUGUUAAAGAAGUUACUUCCUUUAUUAGCUUCUGCCCUUGAAUUUGGUUCAGCUGCUGCUCCCGCUUUGACUGCAUUGUUGAAAAUGGGUUCUUGGCUUUCAGCUGAGGAGUUUCGUGUCAAGGUUCUUCCAACAAUAAUUAAACUCUUUGGUUCCAAUGAUCGAGCUGUUCGUGUCAGCCUUCUUCAACAUAUUGAUCAAUACGGAGAGUCAUUAUCAGCUCAAGCUGUUGAUGAACAGGUUUACCCUCAUGUUGCUACUGGUUUCUCUGAUACAUCUGCUUUUCUGAGGGAACUUACUCUCAAGUCCAUGUUAGUUCUGGCUCCGAAGCUGUCUCAAAGGACCUUGUCUGGGUCAUUAUUAAAGCAUCUGUCGAAGUUACAGGUUGAUGAAGAACCAGCGAUACGAACAAAUACUACUAUCUUGCUAGGAAAUAUUGCAAGCUACUUAAACGAAGGGACAAGAAAAAGAGUGUUGAUUAAUGCAUUUACAGUCCGUGCUUUACGCGAUACAUUUCCACCUGCUAGAGGAGCAGGCAUUAUGGCUUUAUGUGCCACCAGUUCCAACUAUGACAUCACUGAAAUUGCCACUCGGAUUCUUCCUAAUGUCGUUGUACUCACAAUUGAUCCUGACAGUGAUGUUCGAUCUAAGGCAUUUCAAGCUGUUGAUCAAUUUUUGCAGAUGGCAAAGCAACAUUAUGAAAAGACAAAUAUAGCAGAGGCUACUGGGGGUUCAGGCAUGGGAAGCUCAUCAAUUCCAGGAAAUGCAAGUUUACUUGGAUGGGCUAUGAGCUCCUUGACCCUGAAGACCAAACCUUCUGAUCAUGCUCCAGUUGCUUCUGUUAGUUCUAGUGUCCUUACACCAACAUCUUCUAAUGCCAGCUCAGCUAUAGAUACUCCUUCAACAGCCCCUAUCCGUGUACAUUCCACACCAGAUUUCACUGAGCACCAUGCCCCUACAUCUCCUACAUCAACUGAUGGCUGGGGGGAACUAGAGAAUGGAAUCGAUGAGGAGCCUGAAAAUGACAAGGAUGGGUGGGAUGAUCUAGAACCACUAGAAGAAGCAAAGCCAACUCCAGCUCUUACUAACAUUCAAGCAGCUCAAAGGCGGCCAGUUUCCCAACCUGUUUCACAGACAAAAGCUUCAAGUUUACGACCCAAAAUUACACCGAAGUUGAACAAGGAUGAAGACGAUGAUUUGUGGGGUGCCAUAGCAGCUCCUGCUCCAAAAACAGCAAAACCUUUAAAUUUGAAAUCAACUGCAACUGAUGAUGAUGAUCCCUGGGCUGCCAUUGCAGCUCCUGCACCCUCUACCAGGGCUAAGCCCUUAUCAGCUGGCAGAGGUCGAGGAGCGAAACCUGCUGCUACAAAAUUAGGUGCUCAACGGAUAAACCGGACAUCAUCCGGGAUCUAAACCGAAUUGCCACUUGCCAGGGCACAAAAGGAACGAGGAAAGUUUGAAUCUGUACGUUGCUUUUUUCUUCUGGUGGGUGGUGAACAUGUUAAAAUGCAGGACUCCAUCUAGUAUAUCAAAUUACUUUUGUGCUUUAUAUUGGCAUAAUUGAUUUGUAAUAUUCUUUGUAACGUCAUUUUUGUUGGAAGAAAAUCCCAGGUGCAGCAACAGUUGAAUAUGCUUUGGGCCUUGGGGACGUGCUUACGUAUUUUUUUUAAGUGUUGAACAAUUUUAUAUUUUAGGGGCAAUGUAAUUAGUUACAUAUUUUGUUAUAGGAUGGUUUUUGGUUAAAUCUUGAAUGACUUUUUCUAGCCAAAAUGGUCCCAACUGUACACUGGCAUUUCAUGCCUAACUAGUGAUGUACUUAUUACUAUUUGAAUGAUCAAUUGAUGUUCAACUUAGUCUA